AUGUCCUCACAAAAACCAAUGAGAUAUGGACAUACAGAAGGCCAGACAGAUGUCUGCUUCAAUGAUACUGGAAGUUGUAUUGUAACUUGUGGCAGUGAUGGAGAUGUACGAAUUUGGGAAAGCCUGGAUGAUGAUGAUCCAAAGUCCAUUAAUAUAGGAGAAAAAGCCUACUCAUUUGCUCUCAAGAAUGGAAGAUUGAUUACUGCAGUAUCUAACAACGCUGUCCAAAUCCAUACAUUCCCAGAAGGUCUUCCAGAUGGUAUCUUGACCCGUUUUACCACAAAUGCAAACCAUGUUGUUUUCAGUGCUGAUGGAAGCAAAGUAGCUGUUGGAUCUAGUGAUUUUCUGGUGAAAAUAGUGGAUGUAAUUGACAGCAGCCAACAAAAGACAUUUCGAGGACAUGAUGCACCUGUUUUGAGUGUAUCAUUGGAUCCAGCUGGUAUCUUUCUG